UUUGUGUAACCAUGUGUGAUACUGUGUGUUGGGGUGUGGGGUCCUUGCGACUGUGGGGGGGUGAUAUCUGCUUGUGACUGUACGCGUUGUUCUUGGGGGAUGUGAGUGUGGUUGUGACUGUGAGACAGGUGAAGGCGUCUGUGCGGUUAUGAUUAUAUGUCUCCAAGGUGAUCGUAUGGUUUUGGUUGCAUGAUAUUGUAGCCACGUGUGGUAGUUUGUGUAGUUGUGUGUCUGUGACUGUGUGGUGACAACGCGUGUGUGUAUCCCUCUUGUGUCCCAUGGAGUGUGUCUGUGAAACGGUGGCAGUGUGUGGUGCUGUGUGUUUGAGGGUAACGUGUGUUUGCCUGUGUGAAUGUGACUGUGUCUCCGGAGUGAAUGUUCAAUUAUGACGUUGGUUGGGCCGGAGUGCCAGUGAUUAUGUAUAUCCCCCAAGGGGGUAUGUGAUUGUGUGAGACAUUUGCGAGUAUUGGUGUGGGCAAGCUGUGACUAUAUGAGUGACUUUGUGUGUCAUGGUGGUUAAUAGAUUGUGUGACUGUGUGUGUCUUUUUAGUGGGUGAGUAUAAGGGCAUGGAGAUGUCUGUGAUUGUCUGGUUGUGUCUUGUAUGUUUCAAGAGUGCAUGUGUGUUUGUGUGACACCAUUUGUGUAGCACCAAAUGUGCUGGCGGGAGGUGCCUGUAACUCCAGUGUUCUGACCCUUGCAGAACCUGUGAAGUUAGAACAGAUUGUGGCCCUGGACAGUGAUUGCCUCAGCCUCUCCCAGUGACACUGGUAUUGGACAUGUUAUCCAGUCUUAUCCGACUUCUGUCUCUUGUGUGGAGGUCAAAAUGUCCUGCUUACUCAUUAUCUCUUUUUUUUUUUUUUUCUAAGUCUUCUCCAAGAGAGAUGUUGAGAGGAAAAGGAAAAAAUUGCUAUUGAACAUCCAAAAGCGAAGUUCAAGGCAGGACUACAGCAUACAUGAAUAUAGUUACAAAAUCAAGAAGUUUGAAACUACUGGGAGCUGACAAAGCAAAAACAAAAGCGAUUCUGUGAAAAUUCAACUGUUUUUAGAAUAUCCUAAGCUAUUAUUUUAUGUUCAAGGGAAGAUUGCUUAAAAAAAAAGAAGUUGCUUCUGUAAAUUAAAUGUGAUUUCUCUUUGGAGCAAGGAGGAUAUCCUGGAUUGAGGGUUGACAAGAGGUCUGUGCACAGAAUGUGAGAUCCACUGGGACAGGGACUGGAUUUAUUAUCUUCCUCACACCUAGAACCAUGCCAAUUGAGGACUCUGCACUUGCCCAAGAGAAGAAUCUAAAGAAAUCAGAGCACCCCAGGUAGUUCUGAAAGCCAUGGCACAGGGGUUGGUAACAUUCAGGGAUGUGGCCAUAGAGUUUUCUCAGGAAGAAUGGAAGUGCCUGGAACCUGCCCAGAGAAACUUGUACAGGGAUGUGACUCUGGAGAACUUCAGUAACUUGGUGUCACUAGGACUUUCCGUUUCUAAGCCUGAUCUCAUUUCCUUACUGGAGCAAGGGAGAGAACCCUGGAUGAUUGCAAAUGAUAUGACAGGACCAUGGUGUCCAGAGCUGGAGUCCAGGUGUGAGAAAUUUCCACAAAAAGAUAUUUUUGAAGUAGAGUCAUUCAAUUGGGAGAUCAUGGAAAGCCUUAAAUGCUGUGAUUUUGAGGGCUCCAGUUUUGGAGAUGACUGGGAAUGCAAAGGCCAAUUUGAAAGACAACGAGUAACUCAGGAAUGCUGUUUCAAGCAAGUAAAAAUCACAUAUGAAAACAUGCCCACUUUUGAGCAUCAUACAUCCCUCACUUUACAUCAGAACAAUGAGAUUGGUGAGAAACUGAUCGAAUGUAAUGAGUGUGGGAAAGCAUUUAGCCGUGGCUCACACCUUAUUCAGCAUCAGAAAACUCAUACUGGUGAAAAACCAUUUGACUGUAAGGAAUGUGGGAAGGCCUUUAGUCGUGCCUCACACCUUGUUCAACAUCAGAGAAUUCAUACAGGUGAGAAACCUUAUGAUUGUAAGGAAUGUGGGAAGGCCUUUGGUCGUACUUCAGAACUUAUUCUACAUCAAAGACUUCAUACUGGUGUCAAACCCUAUGAAUGUAAAGAAUGUGGAAAGACCUUUAGACAGCAUUCACAACUUAUUCUGCAUCAAAGAACUCACACGGGUGAGAAACCCUAUGUAUGUAAAGACUGUGGGAAGGCUUUUAUUCGUGGCUCACAACUUACUGUUCAUCGGAGAAUUCAUACAGGUGCAAGACCCUAUCAGUGUAAAGAAUGUGGGAAAGCCUUCAGACAGCAUUCACAGCUUACUGUCCACCAGAGGAUUCAUACCGGUGAGAAACCCUAUGAGUGUAAGGAAUGUGGGAAGGGCUUUAUUCAUAGCUCAGAAGUUACUCGACAUCAAAGAAUUCAUUCUGGGGAGAAACCCUACGAAUGUAAGGAAUGUGGGAAGGCUUUUAGACAACAUGCACAGCUUACACGACAUCAGAGGGUUCAUACUGGUGACAGACCCUAUGAAUGUAAGGACUGUGGGAAGGCCUUUAGUCGUAGUUCAUACCUUAUUCAACAUCAAAGAAUUCAUACAGGUGACAAACCGUAUGAAUGUAAGGAAUGUGGGAAAGCCUUUAUCCGUGUUUCACAACUGACUCAUCAUCAGCGAAUUCAUACUUGUGAGAAACCCUAUCAAUGUAGGGAAUGUGGAAUGGCCUUUAUUCGUAGUUCACAACUUACUGAACAUCAGAGAAUUCAUCCUGGUAUCAAACCUUAUGAAUGUAGAGAAUGUGGGCAGGCCUUUAUUCUUGGCUCGCAGCUCAUCGAACACUACAGGAUCCAUACUGGUUAGAAAGCCUAGAAUGUUAAGAGUAUAGGAAAGCCUUUACAUGGAUUUCACACCUGACUCAAUAUUAGGUAAUGUGUAAUGUAAUGUGAUUAAUGUCAGAAAACCCUCACUUGUCAUUUCCAUUAUGGAACAUGGGAUUAUUCCUACCAGAAGAAAAUUCAAUAAAUGCAGGAAUUCUUUUUGCCUCACACUCACUGCUUACUAAGCAUCAGAAAACUUAUGCUGAAAAAAAUAUUAAUGUGACUAUAGAAAACCUUUCUGUUACCACACAAAAUGUGUUAAACUUCUGAGAAUUCCUAAGAGAAAAUGACCCUAUUAAGGUAUUUUCUGAAUGUGCCUUUUACCAUGAUAUACAUAUUAUUUAGUAUUAUCUAAGUUCCACCAGUUACCGACUGUAUAGCAUUGAACAAAUUAUGCAAUCUUCCUGUUUCUCAGUUUACUUAUUUUUAAGCAGUAAUCAUUAUACUUACCUGAUAGAGUUCUCCUGAGGACUAUCAGAUAUUUUUUAUAAACCCUAUAUAUAGUUCAAUAAAUAUUAGUUAUUGUUGUUAAUUUAUAACAGUAUUACUGUUAAGGAGUUCAUGUGAGAGAAGGGCCUUAUGAAUGUGCCAAAUAACAAAAAGCCUUCAUAACCACUUGUUAACAAUAAUUCAUUCUGGAAAACAGUAGUAAAGUAUAAUUAGCAUAAGAAGGUCUUCAUGAUAUUGAAAGCUAGGAAGUCACAAGAUUAGAAAUUAACAGAAGAGUAGCCAAAAGAAAUCGACCCACUUAGAAAUCUAAAGCCACUUCCAAGUAUAACUCAAGAGCAGUCAAAAAAUUCUAUACAUCAAAACCAGUUAAGUACAGCCAAAGCUAUGUUCCUGUCACCCCAGGAUUGAAGGUAAGGGCUUUGUUCUCCAAAUGUAGAUCUCCAGCACUUACUCAUUGCCUGUCACAUACUAAGCCUAUUGAAUGGAUGAAUGGUCAACUCUAAAAAUUAGAGGGAAAUUACCACAUAAACCCAUAUCAAUAGUAAGAAUGAUAAUUAAAAAUGAAAAGUAAAAAACAACAGUAGGCUGAAUCUGAAGGUUGUUUAUUUAACAAUAUAAUAAGAUGGAAGACUGACAACUCUGAACUAGAAGAAAAACAUUUAGCCUUAUGAAUAAGGAAGGGGUGGGUAUUUCUUUUAAAUAGCUACUAUGCCUGGCUUUAAUGUAUUUGGAAAUUUAAAGAGAAUGGAUUUUUACAAAAGUAUCAAAACUGGUUUAAGAAGACAUGGAAUACCUGAAUGAUUGUAGAAGGACAUAAAAAGACAUCAAAGCUCUUCCCUUUAAAAACAGUUUAGCCUACUAAAACUUCAAGGAACAGAUAGAUAAUCCCUGAGAGAAGCUUGCCAGUUCAUUUCCAAGGCUAAAUAAAACUAUGAUAAAAAAAAAAAAAAAAAA